AUGAAUCCUCAAUAAGUAAAGAAUAAAGAUAAAUAACAUUUCAAAAUUUCAGAAUUUAUUCUAGAAAAACUAUUAAAUGAUUUUGGUUAGAAACCUAUUGAUAGAAAAGUAUUAUAUUAAUAUUUAAAAAAGUUAAUCACUAGCUAUGUCAAUGAUUAUAAAUCUAAAUAUUCAUCUUAUAACGAAUAAGGAGUUAGAUAACUGAAAAUUGAACUCAAAUCUGCACUACAGAAAUCUGACACUGAAAAAGAGUAGAUAAUCAUCAACCUUAUUAACAACUCUAAUUCCAAAUUGUUACAAAAGGAUUAACAAUAAAAUGCAAAAAAAGAGAAUAAUAAUAGAAAAUAAUUAAAUACUCUACCUUAAGAGAAGCUUAAUCAAAAUAAUAAUAUGAUUGACAAUGAAAUAUAUAGAUAAGAAUCUUUACCUUCAGAAAAUAGAAAAUCAAUUUAUGAGAUUGAGGAUGAAAAUCAAGAUGAAUGGACUGCAAUAAUCAAAUAUGACACAGCAAAGUAUUAAAAGGAGUAAUUAGAAACAAAGAAGAAAUAAUAAAUAAUGAAAUAAAAAUUAAAAGAAGAUUUGGAUAAACAAUUAAAAGAAAAAGAAUAAUAAAAAAGAGAAGAAGAAUUAAAGGAAGCAUAGUUUGUAUAAUAAAAUUAAUAAAGAAAAAUUGAAUUUGAAUAAUUAGAGAAAUAAAAAAAAGAUUAAUAAAAACAUAAAUAAUAUGAAGAGAAAAAAUUAAGAGAUGAGUAAGUUUAACUUGAAAAAAUGAGAAAGUAUAUUUAAAAAUUAUAUUAUCGUUUAGAAAGGAAAUAUAAAUGUAGUCUAAAUUAUAAGAGGAUGAAAUUUUAUAAUAAUUAAAAAAUGAGAUAAAUAAAGAAUCUCUUGAACUUAAUAAAAAAAGAUAAGAAUAAAAAGAAAAGUUCUAAUAAUUACUUAAAGAGAAUGAGUUACUAAGAUAAAAGGUAAUAUCUUAUUUGAAUUAAAAAAGGCUUAAGAUGAUUUAAAACAAUAAAGAGAACUAGAAUAGAAAAUACAAUAAUAAGAAUUGUAAAGAUAAAUUUAAGAGGAUGAAAAAAGAGAAAAUUAGAAAAAGGAAAGAGAAGAUAAAAUUAAAUAAUUCAUGAGUAAUUAUAGUUUUCAGGUACUUAGUAAACAAUAAGAAUAAGAAGAAAAUGAAGGAAAAUAUUUAAUUGAAUAAUUAAAGAAAUAAGAAUAAUUAGAAAAAUAAUAAGAAAUAGAAAAGAAAUAAAAAGAGAAAUAAAAAAUGGAAUUGAUCAAAUAAUAAUUAUAAUUCCAAAUCUAAUAAAAAUAACAAAAAAAAUUAUCAGAAGAGGAAGAAUAAAAGAUGUUAUUUAUUCAAUAAUAACUUGAUUUACUAAUUUUCUCAUAAAAAUAACAAGAAAAAUAGGAAGUAAUUUAUAAUAAAAUAUAAUUAAUAGUAAAUCAAGAAAAGUCAUAAAUAAAAUUAAGAUGAUAUAAAAAAAUAAAUUGAAGGAUAGAGGAAUAAAAGUUUACAUGAAAAAAUGUCAAAACUAGAGUUACUGUAAAAUAAAAAUCUGUUAAAGAAUAUAGCAAAUGAUUAAGAGAUAAAAACAAAAUUUAGAAAAGUUAAUGUUUCGUUAAAAUGA